AUGCAGGAACCGUGGUACUUGAAUCAAAGCUCCAAGAACCUUGUCGAAAAGUUUAAAUAUAUUCAAAGUCAGGAGGACGAAAGGUUGAGGGAAGCCACUAUCAAUGCAGUCAAUUCAAAAUGGUCUUUUGGCACUUCAGUUGAUUUAAUUAAUGAGUAUAGAAAUCGUUAUGUGAAUAUUAUACCUUUCGAGCGGAAUAGAGUGAAAUUAGACGUUAUAUCAGGUAACGAUUAUAUCAAUGCAUCGUACGCUCAAGUCGAUGUGCCUGGACAGUCUGUAAAAAGAGGCUAUUAUGUUGCAACCCAGGGUCCUACGAAGAGGACAUGGGAGCAGUUCUGGGAAAUGUGUUAUCAACAAUGUCCGGGGACGGAAAUUGUGAUUAUUAUGGUCACUCCUCUGAUUGAACAUGGAAGAGAGAAAUGUUAUUUGUACUGGCCGAAAGAGGACUCAGGCAAUGACUCACUCUAUAUACCAAAGAUACAAAGUCCAAGCAAUAGACCAGAUGAUAUUUUAGAAUUUGAAACAGAUUUGGUCCUCAAGAGGCUAAAGGAAACGAAGUAUCCUAGCUACACGAAGACAUUGCUGUCACUUACCCCAGGAGUUGACAAAUAUCCCCCCAAGAGAGUACAUCACUUCUACUUCGAUAAAUGGAGGGAUAUGACCAGACCCGACGAAAUUCGACCUAUUUUGGAACUAUCAAGAGAUUCUCAUAGAGAGAGUUCUCCAGGGAAUCCUAUCAUCGUUCAUUGUUCUGCUGGUGUUGGAAGAACUGGUACAUUUAUCACCUUGGACCAUUUAAUUCAUAAUACUGCAGAUUUUACAAAAACAGUGCUUUCAAACUAUAAACACGAUCUUAUAGAACAGAUCGUGUUGCAACUGCGUAGCCAACGUUUGAAAAUGGUGCAGCUUUUGGAGCAAUAUGAAUUUAUAUAUCAUAUUGCAGAAGCUGUUUUUGCAAGCAGGCACAGUGAAAGAAUCACCACCACUCCUACAUAG